AUGCCUUGGCCCAAUUCCCUUUCCCAACGCCCCCCUAUCCCCACUCCAAGCGAGGGCGCCAAAAACACCACCUCAUCACCCUCCAAACCCCAACCCAAAAUCGACGAGAAAGCAGAUGACGAAUCUCAUCCUACACCAGUAUCCCCUACAGAUCCCGAUCGACGCUUCUCCUUCAUCUCCCCCACCACUGUAAUCCCCACAAGUACCCAAUCCUCUCCACCCCCCCAAGACCUCACCGCAGAAGGCCUCCUCGCACUAACCUCCCAACCCCUCAGUCACGGCGGAACCUGGAGCUCUGCAUCUCCCACCCCACGAGCCCGAUUCCUCCCACGAGCCACCGAAAAAAUCUACACCGUUCAUACCGGUGACAUCUACCCCAAAACUGCCCGCGAAAUAGCUGACGAUAAACGCUGGACAUCGAGGCGCAAAAACAGGGAAAACUUCAAGAGAAUUGAAGCAAAGGAAGAGCAUCUGGCCCAGCAGAGAGAGAGAGCGCGAUGGUUUAAGCCGGCGAAGAAAAUUGAGUAUUUUGAAGAGGAGGGUGCAAAGAACUGGGGUGCUUGGGAGAAGAAAAAAUGGUAUUGA